AUGGAAGAAAGCGAUGCCAGCGAUGAGGGUUUCGAUCUCUUCGCUUUCAUCGACGAGGCCAAUCAAGAGGGCCAAGAAAAGAAGAAGAGGAAGGCCGAAGGGAAACAGCGCCGCAAGAGCUCUUGCAACAAGAUGCUCAAGGAGGAGGAGCCGAAGGAAGGGCUAGCGAGCACACUGCCAGCAACAUCUGCGACGUCGAACGUUGGGAUGAAGGCUGACUCCGGCCCCAAGGAGAAGGAAGUGCCUCCACCGCCAGCACCAGCAUGGCCACGUGGGGCAGUUCGCCUGCGCGCGUGCAGCACGCAAAGACCUCGAACGAGUCCGCGCCAACCCAAAGGACUACUGGACAACCUCCCUAAAGAGUGCCCGGUGUGCCAGAAGCGCAUAAAGCAGCCUGAGUGGUGGCAGAAGAAUAAGAAAGGCGUCAAAGGCGGUCCCGGUGCGUGGAUUGCUCGGUGCGAGAUGGCACGGGGGAGCAGACGCAGCUAUCAUACGUUUUACACACUGAACAAAGGCGAGAAGUGGCAGUUCACCACUAAAAUCUACAGCGUGCAGCUCAAUCCGGCCGAGACCCCGCGGAAGAUCACAUCGAAUGCUCCGCAGCAGGAGGCAACAGGUGCCUCCCCUGCAACCAGUCCACCGGCGGCAGCUGCAUCCAAGCCAAAGAUUCGGAAUCUCCUGCGUCUGCGCACGCCUCUGCAGAAAGGACGGUGGAAAACGCUCCCACGUCUUUGCCAGGUCGGGGGCUGCGGGCAUCCCGUCCUGGAACCAGUCCGUUGGGAGAAGAAGGGCAUGUUGCUGGCCCGCUGCGCUAGGCAGCGUGAGGUCAGAGGACGCAAAAAGCCGAGUCAGCACACGUUCUACUCAAAGGAUGGGAAGACCUGGGACUUCACGACGUCGCUCCACAAGCUCUUUCCAUCGCGAAAGGAGAAGGACAAGCUCGAGGAUGAGAAGGUCAAGCAAGAGGUCAAGAAGGACGAGCGCCAAGACGACAAGCGCGCAGCAGCUGAUCCUCCGGUGCAAGCCAGCCGGCCUGCGCAGACAUUCGAUCAUCUGGGCUCCGAGGACUUGUGCGACCAUGCCACGAGGUUUAUAGUCACCUACUUUGCGGAAAAGCAGUUCAAGCCGGUGGUGAGAUGGGUCAUGCAGUGCAUCGCUGAACGCAGCGAUGGGAGCUCUGUUGUCAUCAGGCAGCGAGCUCGUCGUUUCUUCUCGAUGCUGAAGACUGAUGCCACGAAGCUGGUGGAGGUGUUGGAGUUGCAAGACCGUUCCUCUGCCAUGGACUUCGUGAAGAAGGUGAUGGGGUGA